AUGAGCCGCAAGGGAAGUAGCGCCUCUGGGAUCAUGACUGGCAAACCUUCCUGGGCUCAGCGAACCGUCACCGUUACGGCGCCGUCUCGGGGAUGCCAUCUCAUCACAAGCGAGAUCGUUCGGCAGAUGCCCGAGCUCAGGGAGUUCAAGGUUGGCAUGGCCAACGUGUUUCUUAAGCACACUUCCGCCUCAAUCACACUAAACGAGAAUGCAGACCCUGACGUGAGGACGGACAUGGAAGCAGCGCUCAACGAGAUUGUUCCGGUAAAGUGGCAUCGCGAGAUGUUCACCCACGUUCUGGAGGGGCCGGAUGAUAUGACGGGACACGUCAAGAGUUCUUUGGUUGGAGCGUCGAUAGACAUCCCCGUGACUAACGGCAAGCUCGCGCUGGGGACCUGGCAAGGCGUAUAUCUCUGCGAGCACAGGGACAGCGGCGGCUUCGGGGGUGGACACGCCCGGAAUAUUGUCGUCACGGUACAGGGCCUCACCAACGAUGGCUGACGCCAAACACUCAGCGGGGUCGUGACGAACCAAUCAGAUCAGCAUCGUUCCCAUUUGGUCUCACCACAGAAAGCAGGGCCUCACCAACGAUGGUUGACGCCAUAACAUUCAGCGGGGGCGUGACCAACCAAUCGGAUUGCGUUUGAUGUGUAAAGCAGCAUGGUUCCCGUGUAGUCUCACCACAGACAGCUGUGUUUUUAUUCUUGACAGUUGUGUUUUUCCUUUUGUUGCGGAGUUCGUGUACUCGUAAGUCGGAGCUAGUUGCGGCCGGAAAUCGUGCCAAAUUGCACGUUGCAAUGCCGCCCUCGACGCCGUCUCUAUCGUUGAUUUGUAUUGACACGAAGCACCAAAUGGCUUCUUCUGUAAUUCUUGGUUCCUAUGCGGAAUCGGUCUGAGAAGGUUAUGACAUGAAAAUACAUGUAUGCACUUCGGGGAAAAUCAAAUCUGUUGUGUGCCCCCGGAUGGAAGCUCUUCAAUUGAGAGCCAAAACCGUACACGGUGGGUAGUAAUCCUCGAGCGAUGACGGUGAUUCCCUCGCCCAUUCGGGUAUUGGCGUUGAAUCGCCACGUGUAGUUUUUUUCCCGUGUCUACUCGAGCACGAGGGGACACUUUCGUCGCGGCAUGCUGGGUGAUGAGUGGUCGUCACGGUUUUGCGGGCAGCAUCACACCGCUUAGCACAUCUCUUGCCGGUCUUGCUCGGCAGCAGGAAAUUCCAAUGUGUCUGGCCGGGGCUGUCGGUAUCUAAUGCGUUCUGGCAGAAAUGCGAUGACUUGACUGCCAGUUGUUGAGGUAUUUGGAGGUAGACAUGCGAUCGUGGUUGACCAUGGCUAUUUGGCGCCGUCGGAUGCUAUGACGUGAUGUCAUGCUAGAUUCGGGCUUUAUGCCGAGGCAUAUGCCCUUCUGUUCAGUCUGUGCAGACGAUCCGAUGAUCGUGUGUGCUUGGGAUCUUGUGAGUUGACUUGGAAAGCGUUAAUCAAGAGAAAGAGAACAACGG